AUGGUCAAGAGCAGGAACGCCACGGCUGAGGAACUGAAGAACUCGCUCUGGAGUCGAUGGAUCGCUUACUUCGGCCGACCAAGGAUCUUUCAAGUCAAUCCGGAGGGAGCGUGGAUGAGCAACACCAUCAGGGAGAACCUGGAGUCGAGUAGUAUCCAGAGGGGCCCUAUCCCCAGACAGGCGCACUGGCAGAUUGGAGGUAUCGAGCGGCUCAUCUGCCUCAUCAAGGAUCUCCUGACCACCCUGGCCCGGGAAUGUCCGGGAAAAUCGUGCGAGGAAUACCUGGCACGUGCGGUGGUGGCCUACAACGAGUUCGACCGGCAUCGGGUGUUUUCCCCACUGCAGGUGGCCCUUGGCCGUGCCCCAGACCUCGACGGAUCGUUCAUGGACGCUCCAGGUGACCCGGUCAACUUGCCGGCGCUGGAGUCGGAGGCGGUCGACGCCGAGUUCGGGGAGAAUUUCAAGUUCAUGCGGCAGCUUCGUGACGCGUCUGAUCGUGAAGUGGCUGAGCACGAGAUCACACAUGGGACCGAGUUGCCGUGGACGUUCAACAGUAUGACGCAAGGCCUCAGGGCGGGGCAGUACGAGGACUUGGCAGACGACCCUCGCCUGAUCCCGAGCGACACGGAGUUUGUGGACGCCGGUGGGGACCACUACGGCUUGGAAAGAUCAGAUAGACAGAAGCGACGUGAUCAGAUCGAUCAGCAGGGUUUGACUGCCGAGAUCCAGCCGUUUGCGUGCUCCUGGAACCGAGAGGACAAUGCCAUCGAGGUGGAGAUCAGCCUUCCUGAAAGAGCGCGAGGCGGGUCAGCCGCGCGCGACCUGUCGCCUUUCGUGGCUACACAGCUGCGACGUCAGCGUGCGGAGGUCCGGGAGCGAACUCUGUCAGCGGCGGAUCUCGAGAAGUUCAGGAAGGCCAGGACCAGGGAGGCGCAGGAGCGGAUCAAGGAGAUGGUCUUGGAGGGCCUGCCGAGCCAUGCCUCGGCUCCAAGCGACAGACUGAUGCGCCUCAGGUGGGUCCUGACAUGGAAGGUCGAUCCUGCAGAACCUGGGGGUCGACGAGCCAAAGCCCGGUCAGUGAUUCUCGGCUUCCAGGACCCCGACCUCACCACGCAGGAGUCGCAUGCGCCGACGGCGACCCGAACCGCUCGGCAGGUGUCUCUGCAGAAGGCGGCGAACUUGAAGAUGCGGGUGGCCGGGGGCGACGUGAAGUCUGCGUUCCUGCAGGGCGAAGAGCUGGAUCGGGAACUGUUCGUCAAGCCCACGGGCGAGAUCGUGGAGAUGCUCGGCUUGCGAUCGGGUCAAGCGGCCAUCUUGAAGAAGUCAGCGUACGGCCUGGUGCAGGCACCUCGGGCAUGGCACCAGGCAAUGAAUCGCAAGCUGAAGGAGCUGGGCUGGCGGCAGCUGGAGUCAGACCCGUGUGUGUGGAUCCUGACAAGUCCUUCGACGACUGGACGCCCUGACGACAUCGUGGCGAUUGCUCUGUCUCGCGUGGAUGACUUCUCGUUCGCCGGCCGCGAAGCGGACAAGACCUGGCAGCAGGCCCGACGUCAGGUGACGGGAGCUUUCAGGUGGACCGAGUGGGAGUACAACACCUUCACACAGUGCGGCGUUGACGUUACCCAGAGAGCUGAUUUCGGAUUCACGCCGAGUCAGGCCGCCUACACGGAGCAGAUCGAGGAGAUCGAGGUCCCCGCAGAGCGACGGAGACAACUUUCGUCGCCGGUGACAGUGGCGGAGAAGACUCAGUUUCGAGCGGCCACUGGGAGCCUGCAGUGGAAGGGUACCCAGACGGGUCCAAACAUCCUGGCGGAAUUGAGCUUGCUGCAGAGCAAGACGGAAUCAUGUACGGUGGACGACCUCGUGAAGGUCAACAAGUUGAUCAAGCGAGCCAAGGAGACCAAAGGAAGAAUGCUGGAGAUUUCCCCGUUCGCAGAGUGCGAGCUGGCCGUCGUCGGCUGGGGUGAUGCCGCCUUCGGCAACCGUGUGGACGGCAAAUCGACCGAGGGCCGAGUGCUCGGGAUCGUUCCGGUGAGUUUUCUGGCUGGAGAGGAGACAGGGGUUUCGCUAAUCAGUUGGAGGUCGGGUAAAGUCGAGCGCACGUGCCGGUCACCGCCAUCAGCAGAAGUUUCAGCAACAGUGAACACCGAGGAUGAGGUCACUUACGUGAGGUUCCUUCUGGCCGAGCUUUCGGGUUGGAAACCAGAUCUCCGAGACCCAUGGGCCCAGGUACGUAAGGUCCAGGAGUGCCUGAUCACCGACUCGAAGAACCUAUACGACCGUUUGCGCUGUCCCGAGAAGCGUAUGGGAGGCAAGGAGUUCAGAACUGGUCUGGAAUUGCUUGCUUUGAGAGACGGUAUUGUCGCGUGUGGGUGCCCGGUCCGUUGGGUACACACUGGUGCCAUGCUCGCUAACAGUCUCACGAAAGACCAUGAGCGCUGGAAACUAUAA